CUACUCCAACUCCACCUGUUGUCAAUAUCCACGGUUUUCUAACAGCAUUAUUUUGAAGGCUACAGCCGGAAGUCGUUGAUUUUAUUCUGCUUUACUUGCCACUAGCAGUGUCGACGCCGGUUACUGUACUGUCAUCGUGUCGGACUGGAGAGGAAAUUCAGCACAGCCUGGCUGGGCUUCAACCUCACGUGAGGGGGUGGAGAGGAUACCGGUACCUGGUUAGUGUUUCCCGAACACUCAAGUCUCUCGGCAGAUACAGCAAACGCACUCAGACAUCAGUAAAUCCGAAGACAACAUCGAGAAUGGACGACUGUUCUCAACAAACGCCGCUGUUUACAUUCGGCGUGAUAGCUGACAUUCAGUACGCGGAUAUUGACGACGGAUACAAUUACUCCCGGACGAGGAGGCGGUACUACCGGAGCAGCCUCCAGCUGCUGAGAAAUGCCCUGGAGAGUUGGUCAGAGUCGGCUGUCAAACCAGAGUUUAUCCUCCAGCUGGGAGACAUUAUUGACGGCUUCAACAAGGGCCGCGACGCCUCUGACCGAGCACUGGACACCGUGCUGAGAGAGUUCAGCUCCGGCCCCGUGGAGGUCCACCAUGUGUGGGGCAACCACGAGUUUUAUAACUUCAGCAGGAGCGCACUGCUGCGUUCAAAGCUCAACAGCACACUGCACUCUGACAGGAGCCUGAGUGAGGCCAGGGCGGGCAAAGACAUCUAUGCUUACCACUUCAGCCCGUUCCCCGGCUUUACGUUUGUUGUCCUGGACGCCUAUGAUGUGAGCCUGCUGGGCAGAGAGGAGUCCAGCGAGCAGUACAGCGAUGCGAUGACUCUGAUCAGACAGUACAACAGCAGCGAGGAUCUCAACUGCCCCCCAAUGACGGAGGGCCUGCAGAAGAGGUUUACAAUGUUCAACGGUGGGUUCAGUAAGGACCAGCUGAACUGGCUAGAUUUGGUUCUGUCCUCAGCCGAUGAGAAACGGGAAAGAGUCACAAUCGUCAGUCACCUCCCUGUACAUCCCUACUCCACGGACCCGAUAUGCCUCGCCUGGAACUUCGAUGAGCUCCUGGCCAUCAUACGGUCUCACAGCAGUGUGGUGUGUUUCAUGGCUGGACACGACCACGACGGUGGAUACCACCGGGAUAAAGACUCGGGAGUGCACCACCUGACAUUAGAGGGGGUGAUUGAAACUCCACCUGACCGCAAUGCCUUUGGCACAGUCUCUGUGUACGAGGACAGGAUGGUGCUGAAAGGGAACGGGAGGAUCACAGAUCGAGUGUUUCUGUUUCCAGGUUGCCAAAGUGACGCAGAUCAUAGGGCAGUAUGACACAUGCUGUAGUUAAGAUUCAUAGAUUACUGAAGCUGUCAAGGCAAACCUUUUGGAAUAUCCUGGGAUUUAGAGAGGUGUAUUCUGGACUGGGAAAUUUAGAGGAUGUUUGUUACAUUCAAGUCAGGGAAUUUUACAUGAGUCACUUAACAGGAAAAACAUAUACAUGCAUCUAUCUCCCAUCCUAUAGCAUAGGCUUCCAUGUUUUUUUUCCUCAGCUAUGGAAGUUAUGGUAAUGAAUUCACAUUAGUAAUGGAAGUAGUAUAACUUUCCAUUCUUUUAGUUAUAUUUAAAGGCAAAGGUGGGAAUACUUCCAAAAGUGAAGUUCUGCCAACUAUUACAAAAACACAGACGCACAUACACUCUGGUCUGUUUUUAGAUGCAGUGUGUCAUGUCCACUUACCUCAGCAGAACAUAUACAGUACCUCAAACUAUUUAUUGCACUUAGUGUUUUUGUUUUUAUUUCCUGACAGUGUGAACUGAUAUCUUGUACACUGGUUGUGUUUUAAUCUGGAGGUUUAAUGAUAAAAUUUGCAUAUUUAAACACACAUAGUUUAAGAAGGAAAUUAGUUUCUAUUGAAAUUGCUGCCUUUUUGCUGAUUCUGAUUUUCUUAUACUAUUAUUUGCUGAGCAAUGUAUUGUGCACUGUAGUGAGAUAUUUGAUCAGUGCAGCGUAUAACUAUUACGAAUGUAUUAAUAUAUAGUUUUCAGGUGAGAAGAUCAGCCUGAGAUAAGUGCAAAUCUGUAUGAACGAUGUAAAACAAUACCACGAAUAAUACCACAAAUAAUAAAAAUCUUUAUAACUGCA